AUGGAGCGGGGUUACCUCCAUAGCCGAUUCCCAGCCUUAUUCUUCUUCCUGGCAUUGCUCCUCACCUCCCCCGCCAUUUCGACCAAGAGUGUCAGGAGAAUCCAGCCGUGCAAGUCCCUGGUGCUCUUCUUCCACGACAUCAUCUACAACGGCAAGAACGCCGCCAACGCGACGUCGGCCACCGUGACGGCGGCGCCGUGGGCCAACCGCACCAUCCUCACCCCCAUGACGCUGUUCGGCGACAUCGUCGUGUUCGACGAUCCCGUGACGCUGGACAACAACCUCCACUCCCCGCCCGUUGGCCGCGCUCAGGGCCUCUACCUGUACGACAGCAAGACCAUCUUCACGGCAUGGUUCGCCUUCAGCCUGGUGCUCAACUCCACCGACUACAAGGGAACCAUAAACCUGGUGGGCGCCGACCCUCUCAUGAAUCUGACUAGAGACAUAUCGGUGGUCGGCGGGACCGGAGAUUUCUUCAUGACUCGAGGUAUUGCUACCCUCAUGACCGACGCCACCGAGGGCGUCGUCUACUUCCGCCUACGCCUCGACAUCAAGCUCUACGAGUGCUACUGA